AUGCGCUCGCAUCAAGCAGAGAUCUUUCAAUAUGUUGACCAACUUGUCGAACCUAUAAAGGUAGGUAUGAGUCUUAAUCACGUCUUUUACCGGGCUUUAUUUAGAUGUUUUUUAGCAUCCUUUUAAUAGCUAGAAAAGUGUUACCUGCCCUUAAUUAGUAAGCCUAAAGGAGAAUGGGAUUGCUUUCUAAAAGGUAAUGACUUCCAUGAACAUCAUCUGCCUUGUCCCGCUUUCUCGCUCAACCGUUAUUUCAAACAUCCAAUGGAUAUAAGCAACUUUGAGAACGAUUUCCUCGUUUAACUGCCUUCAUAUGAAACCAAAAUUUACCAUUCUGUUUAAGAAAUACUUCAGACGGCGAUUUUGAAGACGAUGUUUGUUCGAAAUCACAAGCCAAAAUACGCACAGGAAAGAUUCGCAAUUCUAUAAAUGAAACAAAAGGACUCAUAUCACUAUGAUGAAAUUCCUCAGCGUUUUCAUUUUCUUUUAACGGUAAGCAUAAUUUCUUUGGCGGUAAUGAACAACUCAGAUUGUUCUUACGCCACAGGGAUCAGGACUGAGCGACAGGGAAGAUAUUAAAGAUAUCUCGACUGGUUUGUUUGACAAAGAAAGUGACCUUUAUCAAAGCACACUUAUCAUAAUAGCUGCUUGUGCAAUAACAGCUGCCGCCCUGGGGCUGCUCUUUGAAGCAAGCUGGAGACCACGAGAGCGGGAAAGAGUUCAAGCCUGCAGUAAGUGAUAACCAAUUAUACUGAUUAGAACACAUUUCGAUUUCAAGUGUCCUGAAACCAAACGCGAAAUAACGUUAACUGUAGUCGCCAAUCAUAACAAAAGAAAUACCUCAAAGAGAAAAUGGGAACUUAAAGUAGAUGCAUAAAACACUUCGCCGAACGCAAAAGGAAGCGAGAAACUCAUAACUCCUUAACUUUAAAGCUAAAAAAAAUGUUUCAUAGCUGUUUUGUUAAACACGGUUUAAACGUGUUUCAAUCAUCAAAGCUGCUUAGAUAGAUGUUUUUCGACGUCGAUUUUAGCAUAUUGAAAAGAAAAGAUAGUGAUUACUUGAAUCCUUUGGAAAAUUCAGUUUUCCAGUCAUCUGUUUCUGAUUUUCAUUUCGUUAAACUUGGUUGACUUAACAUGUUUUGCAAGUAUGAAUGGGUUGUCAGUCACGAUUUAUUUUUCUUACUUAUUCUCGGUUGAGAGAGAAGGGAGGGGGGGGUGUUUCGAAACUAGCUAAUUGAAGAGAAUACGAAAUUAUAAAUCCAACGCAAUUCAGAUAUACAUUCGACCCGCGCUUGGAAUAGUGCGCGCUAAAGCUUACGAUCUUCUUAUGCUCUGUGUUUGAUUUGAAACCAGGGAAUUUUUUUUUUUCAUGUCAAAAACAGGCUACUUGGAAAAUAUCUCCUCAGCCAUUCCCUUUCAAGACAAAAAUCGUUAAUACAGUAACAAAUUUUAACUCACCGUUCAACGUUGUUUACAGGUUUGUCGACGGUGAAGGAAAAAAAUGUUGAUGAAAUGAAGUUACUUACGGAAAAAUUCGUUCAACAUAUGGUAAAAACUCUAACUGAGAUGAAAGUAAGACACAUGAGAGAAUUACUGACCUUUGCAAAACUUACGCCACAGAGGAAGACCACUAAGUUGAAUCGUAAAAUGACAAGUUCUGCUACGCUGAGUACCAAAAACAAGGACAUGAUGGCUAAUAUCUCAAGAUGUUUAGCUUACCAUGCAUAUAUUGAUCUAGAAUGGAGAAAAGAUAAAAUAAAGUGUAUUACUUGGUAGACGAAAAUUUGCUAAGAAUAGUUGAAAGCUGCUUAGAAAUGAGAGUCGAAAUUUUUUUCUGCUUACCUUUCAUUCUAACUUUUGCGAUGCCCAUUUUCACCAUCUUCAUUUACAUAAUCACUGGGCAUAAGCAUUACAUAUUCACAUUCCUAUCCUCGCAGUAUACAGGAAGUUUGUCACCACAGACCUAGAUAAACGGCCUAACCUGUCACUAGUCUGUUAUAGCUCAGUGGCAGAGCAUCCGAAUACUAAUCGGAAGGUCGAAGGUUCGAAUUCGAUUCCUAUUCAUCCUUGGGGACCCAGGAGAUGUGAGUAGAUUUUAAUUUAGGGCGGGAGAGUCCUUAGGGAAAUUUUCUUACUGGGGCUCUUUUUCCCUGACUUAAAUCGACUUACAACCCUUGAGUCUCGAGGAUGACUCGUACAGAGAGUAUUCGGAGUUCUUUUUCUCCGAGUAUUCCUUUCUCAUUAACUAAAUAACACCUUCCUUUAGCUUUCAUAAAAUCAAAUUAAUUAGCUCUAACAGUAGUCUGGAACGUGAUAUUCAGUACAACGCAAAGGGGCAAACAACAAAACCUAGUUUGAAAACUGAUGUUUCAGCAUACAUCGAAGAUGCUCUUGGAAGAAUGUAUCGUUACAUCGAAUUUAGUUAUGACGUAUUUAAUAAUCAAUAUUUCAGGAAAAUCGAUCUCCUCAUUCCUGUUUCUUAGGUAUCUACAUGUAUGGAUGUAAUUUCUAUAUAUCUUUCGCUUAGAACAUUUAAAUAAAUAUCGUUUUCGAUAAAACAGAAGGAGAACAGUUGCUAACAUAAACGGAUUUUGUCCCUCUAUUGAAGUAAUCCUUUUAAGGUUUUCUGUAGAUCAUUCCAUUGUGAGGAAUUGGUAAUCAGCGGUGUUCUUACUCUUUUUUAGUGUUAUUUCAGGUAGUUAUACAUUGUAUGUUUAAAGCAAACAGUGGCGAGAACGAUAGAUUACCUCUGAGGCUGAAGCUUAAUUCAAGAGUAGACUGAGGCUCAACAGAAAUCUUUCUCUGUUAUUCUUUUAUUGACACACUGUCGAAAUAAGGAAUCGACAGUGUAUUUUUUUUUUUAAACAAGUUCCAACCCCUCGAGUCACACUUACUGGCUAACCCCCGGUUCAAACCAUUUACUGUUUUAGCACUUCCGGUUUCAACGGCCCGUCAUGAACUUCAAGCUUGCGCAGAAUCAUGAUCUAGGGGACUCCCCCUUUUAUUGCAAACAGAACCUAAUACUUAAACAAUAGCAGAGUCAGCACGUUUGCUGCUUCUAAUUGCAAUUUUUCGUUCCAUAACAUACCUGUCGAGUCUUAUUUCGUACUUUAUCAGUUAUAGUGACUUUUAUUAAGACAUCUGUCUGGCAGAUUGAGGAAGCAAGGUCUUAACACAGUCAAACGUCGCGUCCUUUUCGAAUUACACUACAAAUCUACAGGUAUAAAGAACGUUUCCGUGGUGUGACAGAUUUUGAAUAUGAGGUAAAUAUUCGAGCUUCUCGGUCAAAAUUUUCUCCUAUUAAUGUUGUUAAUAUGUCCUAAGUUUCUCUGAUUUCCGGCACAAAAGACGUUCCUGCAUUUAACUGCUUAGGAAUCGGAUAGCUUUUACUUGAAUCUGGCUUGCAGUGUAUUACCGCUUCGCUGUACUGAUAGGCUAAGCUUACAUGUUACAGCUGUCGAAUUCACAAAAAGUCGAAAAAUGUAAUUUGUAUUAACCUCGGAAGGGGUUGAAAGGAUUAUUCAAAGUGUCGAUUUAAUGUGGUGAUCGCGCUGAUGAUCGAAACAUCAGUAGCGUUUGCAAUCCAUUUAAGAUAAAGCAUGAUCGUGUUAAGAACUAGCUUUCGUGUAAGGCUUACUUUAAAUUGUUUUUGUAUUGUCGUUCACGAUAGAGCUGUUUAAAUUCCGCACGACGUGAGCAUGGCCGACAGACAAAUGCCCGUCGGUUGCUCGGGGGAAGUGGUGAGGGAUAUUGAAGCUUCGAAUUGAUCGGUGCAUUGGUCGCCAGGGAGUUAAAUGAAAUAAUAAUUCCUAAGCAUGCGUUGGAUAUGAGAUGAUAGAUAGCCCACGAGGGGCUAAUUGGCUUUAAUCAUCUCAUAUCCAACAAGCGCGAUUGGAAUAAUUAUUUUAUUAAAAUCACCCUUAAAUAUAAAUGAAUCUUCCCAACUUUAGUGUGUAAACUUUAUUUCUUUUAAGCCUACACUUGACUUUCAGUCGAUAUUAUUGUCCGAAGCAAGCAAUUAAAUAUAUUAAUUACCAAAAACUUAAUUACUGGUAUUUUAUAUUUGAUCGAAAUAAAUUCACUAAUUGCUUGAAUUAAUUCUUCCAAAGGUGAGUUGAGAUGGGAAAAUUUUCAAGAAUUUACCAGCCAAUGACUACAGAGGUAUAUCUUACAAUCACUCAUUGUCUUGGAUUUUUGUGCUCAACUUGGCUAACUGUACUGUUUUUAAUAAAUGAAUUUUUUAAGGUUUUGAUUUCUUUCUGCUAUUAUUAUUGUUUUAUUUAUUUAUUUUUUGUUGUUGUUGGAAAAGUAUCCUUUCAUUUUUUUCUCUGCUAAUGAAUUGUAGGACAUUGAAGUCAUUAAUCCCCAUUCGAAAAUCAACAGUUGUUUUGUAUAAUGAUGUGUCUCUAAGUAUAUUAACCACAAAGCAAAAAUCCAAACAAUGUUUGGGACAAACACAGCCUUUAUUAUUGCAAGAUUACUAAUUAACUUACAUUUUCAUAAAUACACACUUCCUAUAUGAUAUAUAUGUGCAAAUAAGAAAAUAAUACUCAAACAUAAUAUUAAACUAAAAAACAAAAGGCUGUCUAGAAGAAAACCUGUGAAGAUAUUAUGACAAGCAAAAAAGGUAAUAGAUAGUUUGGAGGGAAGACAAAUUGCUUCUAAGAAUGCAAAUGUUGUCUAUGUGUAUGUGCUAACAAACUGGGCCAUUGAUCUAGGUUGUUGGUUCAAAUCCCAUUGAGGCCUGAAUUUUUUUUUUGUCUUAUUUUCACCACUGCUUAAGUGGUGUUCAUGACUGUGAAGAUUGCUGUCAUAUUUAUGUCCAUGAUCAAGCUUACUAUUUAGCAAUAGCUGAAUGCAUAUGUGUGAUGUAACUCUCAGCAGUUUUUGUGGUCAGAUUUACUCACCAUUUGCUCAACCAGUAGUAGUUGAGAUUUACUGAUCAUUCAGUGAUCGAUCAUGUAGUAAUUGAGAUGCUCAAUUAAACCUUUUGUGUUGUGCAAUCUUGCCUAUUUUGUGCCUCAAUAACGUAAGUACCUAACAUGACAUCAUUGUACUUUUACUUGCAAUAUGGAACUUAACUAGUAGGGUAGGUCUGUUGAUGCUAAAUUGCUUGUACUUAAUAAGCAAGCUUGACCACAAUAGGCCAUUUUUAGGGUAAGUACCUAACAUGACAUCAUUGUACUUUUACUUGCAAUAUGGAACUUAACUAGUAGGGUAGGUCUGUUGAUGCUAAAUUGCUUGUACUUAAUAAGCAAGCUUGACCACAAUAGGCCAUUUUACAGUUGUGUACUUUGAUUUGAUUUGGAGUGAGGCUAAAGGUAACCUUGUAGUGAUAGAAAUCAGUAUCUCAUUAGCAUAAUAACAUGGCAAUUUGCAUUUGAAAAGCAGCAAGAUUUGUAUCAUAACAAGAUCACCCUAAGCCUCACUCCUGUUAAAAGGCUCAGCAACCAAGCCCACAGCUGUAAAAUGGACUAUUAAAAUGCAAAACUGUCCCUGUACCAAAUUACUAUUUUCAUAAUUUAAAAGAACAUCACCCAGUAAUGGGUGAUAUUUCACAUAAACUUAAGCUUGCAACAUGAGAUCUCACCUCCGCCUUAUAGUAUAGAUUAUUUAAAUUUUUGCUGUAAACUAUGAACUUGCUCCACACCGCUGUUGAACUUUUGCCCAUAUCAGUCAAGAAUGUAUUUCAUAAAUCUUAAAAUUUAAGUGAAUUUUGUUUGAUAAGUUAUCUUUCCUUCUGGUGAAUUGACCUUUUUAUAUAUAAUUAUUUUGCUCCUUUUUCAGUCCAUCAGAUUGUUGUUAUGGGUAAAAUUGAAUGUAUCUUUUUCAAUCUUAGAGGAAAUUAGAUGUACUAAUAAUAAGGUACUUAAAUUAACUAAUAGUAUGUAUUUAAGUUUUUGAAAUAAUAUUGAGGCACAAAAUAGGCAAGAUUGCACAACACAAAAGGUUUAAUUGAGCAUCUCAAUUACUACAUGAUUGAUCACUGAAUGGUCAGUAAAUCUCAUCUGCUACUGGUUGAUCAAAUUAGAGCUAAUAGUAAUUAACUGUAGUUGGGCAAAGUUUUAACACCUUUCUCUUUCUUCAGGCCAGAAUAAUGUGAAACAGAAACUUAAAUGUAAGAAGCAUCCUCUCAGGUUUGCAAUGGCUUUGGAAAGAAAUCUAAUCACAGUUUCAUGUGAAAAUGAGGUCAGACCUGAAAAGGAAGAUGCCCUGGACUUUGACGAGGACACCCUGCAAGGUACUCAGUCCUUAUCACAGUUAACCUUAAGAUAUCAAUUCCAUUGGGGAAUUACUUUGAGACACAGAAAAGGAUUUAAGACCAUGCGAGCACUCAAAAGAAUAUUUGGGAUAGUUCUUCACCCUUUGAACCCUAACAUUGACGUGCAAGUUCCCUAUACUGUUCUAAAUGGUCCUUUCCUAUGUUACUUAAAAGCAGAAUUUGUUGAACAAUCAAGAGCUUCUUGAGUUCACAUUCAUUCCUAUAAUUCUCAUGACUUAUUUAAUGUUUGAUAGAGGUUAAAGGGUUAAUGCCCACUUUAAUUAGUUGCCUAGGCCUUGAGUUGUCACCUGGAUAUCUGGUUUAAGAACUGUCUGCCUCCCCUUUUUGCAUUAACUGGUCUACUCUUUUCCCCCAAACUCAGAAGACUCAAAUUAAAGUCUCUUGUCAAGGUUUUGUUUGAGUAAUUUAAUUUCUGAUCUUUGUUCUUUACCCAAUUUGUGAGAAGGUGAAAACUUUUACACGAAUAAACUACCCACAGAACAAACCAGAUGUCAAGACAUUGACAUAAGUCUUUGCUUAUUUUUUAUUUAUUUUUUGCAGCCAUUGCUGAUGUUUAUAGGAAUCAGGGUAACGAGGCCUUCAAGAAAGGAGAUUUCCUCAAUGCUAUCCACUUCUACACGGAAGGAAUCAAAGUUGAAUGCAAUGACAAAGAACUACAAGCCAAGCUGUAUAACAACAGGGCAAUUUCACAUUUCAAACUAGGUGAGAAGCAUAAAUAUACAGUUUUUUAGGACUUUAGUGGUUUCUAUAAUCAGGAAUUAGUUCAAAAAUAAGGUUUUUUCAAAACAAAUUACACUAGGAUUGAGCCCUCAAACAUGCAUAGCAGUAUGGUUACUUAAUUCUUAUCAUGGCACAAAUCAAUGAGUGCAGAUGCACCACAUUAGUACAUUUUUUAACAAUUACCUUACAUUUUGUGGGUUUACUUGACCUAAAUAGCAAUAUUUAUUUAAAAACAGGAAAUUAUCAGGAUUCACUGAGUGACGCAGAAGCUGCGACUAAGUUACAACCAACAUUCCUCAAGGCAAUUGUUAGAGGUGAGUAAGUUUGUUGCUUCAAGUUUUAAAAAAGACUGUUUCCACUCAACAUGUAUGUAUUCAAAGGAUGUUUGUAGCGAAUCAAUAUCAAUUUUGGUCUCUGUUUCUCUUCUUGGCACUAAUGAUAACAUCAUGUUGCCUAUAGGAGCCACUGUCUGUGUUGAACUGAAGAAAUUUGAAGAGGCCAUCACUUGGUGUGAUAAGGGAUUAGCUGUAUCCUUUGAAAAAUCUUCAGUUCUAAUUUCUUGA